AUGAGUUCGAAAAUCGAGUCGCCUGCCGCCGCCCCAUCUGCCGCCGCCGCCGCCGGUGGAACGCAGUGGUGGAAUUCGCCGUUGAUGUUCAUCGGCGGCGGCUUGGCCCUCAUGCUAGGAGUGAUUCCCAUAGCUAUAUGUGUGAUUGUGGCCCAAGCGUUUACGAAGACUUCGGAACAGUCGUCGAGUGAUGGAAAGUCGCUGGAGGCCUCGCGCGCUUUUGGGUUUGAAAUGGAGCCCCGAGUAGUUGUCAUCAUGCCGGGUCAGAUCAACCCGACCUAUAUCGCGAAGCAGGUCGUUCGAAGGAGUGAGGAUGUUUGA